AUGGACCACCUGGCCCCGGAGCUCGUGGGCCUCGUCCUGUGCCACGUCGACCACCUCUCUCUGCCCGUGUGCCGGGCCGUGUGCCGAAAAUGGUCGGAUGCCCUCGCCGCACAGUGCCUGCCCGAGGGCGCCAGCGACGGCGACUGCGACGACGGCGAGGACGAUGACAAAGGAACCACCGCUACGUUGGCCGAUGCCGCGGCCGAGGUGGUGGCCGAAGAGGAGGACGGCGAGGAGAACUACUGGAACUAUGCGGGGCGGCUGGCGGCCCACGGCCGGCUGACGGUGCUGCAGUGGGCCCGCGCCCAGGGCUGCCCGGUGGACGAGAUCGAACACGCCCGUGGCCACGCGGCCAGGACAGGCCACCUCCCAGUCCUCCAGUGGCUCUACGACAUUGUCGACAACGAAGACCACGAAGACGAAGACGAAGACGAUGACGGUGACGGCGACGGCGACGGUGAUGGUGACGACGAUGCCACAGUCGAGCAAGCGGCCAAGGGUGGCCAUGUGGCGGUGCUCGAGUGGCUGCGGGACCGUCGGGGCUGCGCAUUCGCUGACGCCAGGCUGUGCGAGCUGGCGGCCGAGCAGGGCCAGCAGGCGGCGGUUCAAUGGUUACGCGCCAAUGGCUGCGCCUGGGACGAGCGCGCGUGCUAUGCCGCGGCCCACGGCGGCCACCUCGCACUGCUGCAGUGGCUGCGCUCUGAGGGCUGCCCCUGGGACCGGCGCACCUGCUCCAACGCCGCCCACGGGGGCCACCUCGAGGUGCUGCAGUGGGCGCGGGCCAACGGCUGCCCGUGGGACACCGGCACGUGUACCGACGCGGCCUUCGGGGGCCGUCUCGAGGUUCUGCAGUGGGCGCGGGCCAACGGCUGCCUGUGGGACAGCCAGACCAUCCACGCGGCUGAGGAAGAAGGUCACGACGAAGUGGCUCGGUGGCUGCGCGCAAACGGGUGCCCCGAGUGA